UGACAACUGACAGUAUUGGGAUUUUGCGACAGGUGCUUUCUGUUUGUAUUUGUUCCCUCAAUUUCCUUACGUGAAAUAAAUCCCAAUUUCAUUAUUUUUUUUUUACUAUCAAAGGUUUUAAAAAAGUCUAAAAAUGUAUUUGAGGUAUUAUUUGAAUGAGAACGGCGACAGACAAUACACAUUAUCGACAAUAGAUCCGAAUGGAAAACCUACUCUAUCAGCUCAUCCAGCACGCUUCUCCCCUGAAGAUAAAUAUUCUAGGCAACGGAUAACAAUCAAGAAAAGAUUUGGUCUUCUCCUUACCCAGCAGUCUGAACCUAUCCAUUAAGUUGUUGUCAUGCUGGAUUAUUUUAAUAAGUGUUAACUAUAAAUAAAUUUAAUUUUCUUUGUA